AUGUCAGAUUUAAUCGACGCUGAAAAACGGUGCAGAAGCAUUGUAAUCUCCGGUUUGCCUGAACAGGGGGCCGAACUCAAGCCAUCGGAGAAACAGAGAGAACUCGAGGAAAAGGUUGCGGGAGUACUUGAUGUCCUUAAUGUUGAAUGUCGGCCUGUAGAAGUGUAUAGAAUGGGUAGACUUUCUGAUGUCCGACCGCGAGUUAUCAAAGUUGUCUUACCAUCAAGAAAUCAUUGGCUAACGGCAUUAUCAAACGCCCGCUUUUUACGCUCGAGUCAAUAUUCACAUGUUUAUGUUCGUAAAAGCAUGACACCCGACGAACGUAGACAUGACUUUGAACUUCGCCAAGAAGCCAAUAAGCGUAACAAUGAGUGUGGUAAAAAGACUUGGGUAGUCUAUAAAAACGAAUUGAAAAAUGUGAAGGACCUAAAAACACAAGAUCGCAAAUCUGGUAAGGGAGGGGGCGUGUGUUGCCUCAUUAAAGAGUCCUUCAACUUCAGACAAAAUCACUGUAUGCUCCUCUCCCGCCCACCUAGUCAUCCUUGGCGAUUUCAAUCUCGAUGUCGAUUGGAAUCUGGGAGAAGCAAAAAAUUUGACAUCCAGAAGAUUUCUUGA